UCAUUGUUGUAUGAAAUGAAUGUACGGCUCGAUGUAUUUACCAUUUCCGAACAGAAUUUAAUUUCCAGGCAGAAAUUUUCUUUUUUAUAAAGCGAUUACAGUUAUGAUUAUACAAAGCAAUUUUGUAUUUUUGUGCGCGAAAUCUUAGAGAAUGUGAAGCUGGUGCUCAGAGAAUAUUAAAGAGGUUUCUGCAUGCCAGUUCCUUCUUUUAGUCACAAGAUGAUUUCAGUGAUGCUUUAUAUUUAAGUAAUAAAUUGCAUUGAAUGGCAUGCAGUUAUGACUGUAACUUACAGUGCAGAAGUUGCAACCAGUAGGGGAUUUGGAUGCUUCUGGAAGCUAUUGUUCAGAUGGAAAGGAAGUAUUUAUAAGCUUUUGUGGCCAGAUUUAGGAUUGUACUUUUCAUUCUACUAUUUCUUAAGUAUUCUGUAUAGAUUUGCUUUAACUGAAAGCCAAAGAAGAUAUUUUGAAAAAGUAUCAUUAUAUUGCAAAACAUAUGGAGAUCUCAUCCCUGUAUCAUUUAUUCUUGGUUUCUAUGUAUCCAUUGUUGUAAAGAGAUGGUGGGAUUCCUUCAACUGCAUUCCUUGGCCAGACACCCUUGCUUUCUUUGUCAGUGCAUAUGUUCAUGGCCAGGAUGAAAGAGGACGUUUAAUGCGUAGAUCUAUAAUGCGUUACGCCAAUCUUGCUUUUGUUAUAACUUUGACCUGCAUUAGUCCAUGUGUGAAGAAACGUUUUCCUACAAUGGAUCACUUAGUUGAUGCAGGUAUACUUCUACCGAAUGAGAAAAAGAUUAUGGAACAAAUAAAAACAACACAUUCCACAUAUUGGAUGCCCUUAGUUUGGGCAUCUAGUAUUGCUAUCAGAGCACGCAAGGAGGGACGUGUGAGGGAUGAUUUUGCUUUAAAUACUUUAGUUGAGGCUAUAGCUAAAUAUCGAAUGUUAUGUGGUGGAUUAUUCAAUUAUGACUGGAUCAGCAUACCUUUAGUGUAUACUCAGGUUGUUACUCUGGUGGUUUAUACUUUCUUCUUGGCAACUCUUAUGGGCAGGCAAUACCUAGACCCAACGCAGGGUCAUCCGGGUUAUGAUGUAGACCUUUAUAUUCCUAUUUUUAACUUUCUGCAGUUUUUCUUUUACAUGGGCUGGCUAAAAGUAGCAGAAACAUUAGUAAAUCCUUUUGGAGAAGAUGACGAUGAUUUUGAAGUAAACUGGGUGAUAGAUCGUGAUAUUCAGGUAUCUUAUUUGAUUGUGGAUGAAAUGCACCAAGAACAUCCAGAACUGAUUAAAGAUCAGUAUUGGGAUGAAAUUAUGCCUGAUCUACCCUACACAGCUGCUGCAAUGCCUUUUUACUCUGAACCACCCAUGGGAUCUGCUGCUAAUUUAGUAAUUCCUCCCCAUGAAGCAGAAUUUGUGCCCUUAGAACCAUUAGAAGAAAAUGAAGAUGAAUUGGAUGGAGUAAAAGUGAUCAAUGGGAUACCGUGUGAAACAGCUUCAAACAAUAGAAGCAGAUUAAAUAGCCACCUAUCUGGAAGUGCAUUCAGUGGAAUUUCCAAGCUUGGGCGCUCAUUCCAUCCAAUGUCUUAUGAAAAGAAAGGAAUUUUAAACCUUAUGCAAGAUUUCUUGAGUCGAGAGUCAUCUGUCAGAAAGAAAAAGCUUUGGAAGGCUCCAUCCAAAGAUAGUACUGUUGAUCAAACUGGAUCUUGCGAGACUUCUGGACCUCCAACUCCAGAUGAAUUUAAAGAUCGCAGUGGAUUAUUUAAUGAUGACAUUUUUCAUCUGUCAGACUUAUCUUUGGCUGAUUCUCGUGCUACAUCUGCUAGUGGUACAGGUAGUGGUAUGCACAGCCCUGGUUACUACAGCAACAUGCCUGUUGAAGAUAUCUUUUGGCAUAAGGGAUCUAGACGUAGUCGUUAUCUCCAUAGAUCUGUAUCUAAAGUAUCUACUCCUAAGAGUGAAGCACCUGAUGACAGUACUCUGAGACUGCCUACUGUUAUGCGCAAGAAAAGUACCAACAGCCUGAAGCAGUUUUUUCGGUCUGGCAAAUAUCGAGGCUCACAAAAAUCUCUCAUUGGAUCAGUACAAGGCCGUAGCCGGUCGAAGUUGACCUUGAAGGGUGAAAAUAGAAAUGAUACAGAUAGUAUUGCUGCAUCUAAAUGUGCAGUGAAUAAUGAGGACAAAAAUUCUCUUUCUGAUGAAGAUAUAACAGUAAGAGAAGCAUAUCCAAAUCCUGAUGUUAUGAGUAAAAGCACCACUAAUAUAGAUAAUGAAAUGAGUCCAGGAAGGUCAGCACCAAUAUCUUUUAGUAGACCAAGAAAAAGUCUCCCUCAGGAAUUAGAAUAUUCACCAGACAAAUCUUCGUUAGGUAAGCUUGCUAAAGAAUCCAGCACAUCUACCCUUGUUCCCACUGAAGGCUCUUUAGAAGAUACACCACCUAAUGAAAAAUUUUCAAAGCCAAUAGAAGAGCCAACUGUUGCACAAAAACCCGAAUCUGAUGAAACAUUUAAAUCAAUUGACAACAUUGAUAUUAAUAUAGAUAAUAGUUCUUUAAAUGACAAUAUCAAAAGUAAUCCAUCUCUUGCAAAACCUAUGUUUGUGUCCAUCCCUCAGAAAAAUGUUUUCUCUAAGCUUCGUCCAAAGAGAGCUACGAGUCUUCAUAUAAAUGAAUACCGUAAAGAUUCGGAUUCUCCAAGUAUGUCCGGAUUGCAGAAGUUUUUUGAUCGUCACAAAAGCCACAAUUAUUUGCGUACCAUGAGUCAACCUGUUAGCCCAACUGACAGUGAAGCUCCAGUUUUAAAGCAAAAAGUUUCAUCCCACAGAGGCUUAUUUAGUCGAAAGUCCAGUAAAGAUAAACAAAACAAAUCAUCAAGCACUUUGCAGUUGGGGAAUGAUUCAGAUAUGUCUCCAUCUCAAAGCCUUGUCGAGCAGAAAAAUCUAAAAAAUCUUGCUUCGAAAUCUGUAGAUGUAUAGGUUUCUGUGAGCUUUUUUCUUCUUUUUGUUGUUGUUGCGCUAUAAUAUUUGCAUUUUUAAUUAGGGUGUCUACUAAUCACAUAAAAUUCCUGCAUUUCCAUCUAGGAUUUAAAAAUGAUUUGUAUCUGAAAGAUUUUCCUAAGAAUAAUUUCAUGCAGCAAAAAAUGUUGUUUGUUUGAAAAGAAAUACUUGUUUUAAAAAUACAAUUUAAUUAAAAGCAUUUCUUUGGGGGGGGGCUUGUAUGGCUUACCUUAUACCUAACUGAAAAUCAUUAUUUAACUAAAAGCUUCUAUCACUCCAGAAUCUUGUUCUUUUUAUCUCUUUAAGAACUAAGAAAUAUUCUUUUUUAAUCCUGAAUUGUAUAUAAUUUUUUUAUCAUCCUUCAUAUGAACUUAUGUGUUACUAUAUUGGCAUCACAAUUUUUAUUUCUUUUUAAGAAUAUUUUGAGAUACAUU